GUUUUUUUUGUUUUUUUUUUUACUGGGAAUUUUUGUUCUUCCCGAGACUCAGUAUAAAUAACGUUCAAUUUCAGUUGCACAACACACUGAACCAGAACAAAUCAAAGGAGAAAACUCGGAGCAGAUAAAACAAAAACAAAAAAAAAUCAGAGUUAGCUCUUCAAUAUAUAUCUACAAUAUCAACCCACUUGAUCAUUUAUAAUACUAAGAUACACUGCUCAUUAACAAUGGGAUUCAAUUCACAAAUCAUCUGGGUCUUGCUGUUCAUCUUUUUAAACAGAGUACUUUCAUUUAAAGUUGAAAUGGAGCCACCGCAACGUAGGAUUACUGUAGAGAGUGGAAGCGACCUCGUUCUUACAUGCCGUGCCAAAGACUGUCCUUCCCCGACAUUCAGCUGGAUAGCGCUGGAAGAUAAACCGAUGUACGUGAAGCUCGAGAACGACGUUUUAGAGUCGCGUGCUAUCCUGACACCUGUGCGCAGAGAGAACGAUAACACUUACCUCUGCAAGGUGACGUGUGGAUCACAGAAGGCACAGAAGUCUAGUGAAAUAAAAGUGUACUCUUUCCCCAGCGAUCCUGUCAUUGAACCCCACGCUUCUCUCCAGGAAGGGAAAAAAGUCGCUCUCACCUGCAAAGUCCCGGAUGUGUAUCCUCCAGAGAACUUCGGGAUUCAGUGGCUGGACGGGGAACGUGUUCUCAAAGAAUCAGACUACCAGGAAAGCAGCUCUUUAUCUUUAAUUUACGAGUUCGUUCCCAAAAUUGAAGAAACUGGGAAAAAACUGACCUGCAAAGCCGUAAUCACAAUGGAAGAGAUACCAGAAGCUAGGAAAACCAAAACUACAACUACAACAUUUGAUGUACAAUAUGCCCCACAGAAGCCUUUAGUUUCUGGGAGCCCAAGCAGCACUGUAAGGGAAGGCGAGGAGAUGAGCUUAACCUGCUCUACUCAGAGCAGUCCUCCUGCAGAGCUGGUGUGGAAGAAGCUGCUUCCUCGCGGUCAAUCUCAAGUGGUAGCUGAGGGUGGAACACUGUUCAUUGGGAAGGCUGAGCCCUUUGACUCUGGAGAGUACCAAUGUGAAGCCCGCAAUGCUUUAGGGAACAGCUCGACAAACAUAGAAAUCACUGUUCAAGUUGCACCCAAGAAUACCUCCAUUUCCGUGUACCCGGCUGAAGCACUGAAAGAAGGAGACAGCGUGACUGUUUCUUGUGCCUCCUACAGUGUCCCAGCAGCGACCCUCACUCUGCGCAAGAAGAGCCCCACUGGAGGCAGAGAGCUGGAGUCCAGCAAUGGCUCAUUGACAAUUAAUGAAGCUCAGCUGGGCGACGCGGGGCUGUAUGAAUGUGAAGCCACCAACGAGGUCGGCAGAGAGAAAGCAAUCGUUGAGAUUUCCGUUAAAGUUCCCCCGAGGAAUACAACAGUGUUGGUGUAUCCAUCUACAGAGGUGUUAGAAGGACAAAAUAUCACCAUUUCAUGUAAAACCAUCAGCUACCCUGCCCCGACGAUCGUCUUGAAGAAAAUCGGCAACGGAACGACUUUCUGCUCUGACAACGGCACCUUUGAGCUUUAUUACCUGUCCACGAUUGACACCGGCCUUUACGAGGUCAACGUGACCAACGAUGUGGGCUACGAGGUUGAAGUCAUCGAGAUCCACGUUGGAAAAAGACUUGAGGAGAAGAAGUCUCCUUACCUGGCUAUUUGUAUCCCUAUCAUAGUAGCAUCAGCUGUUGCGUUAGUUGCAGCUUCAGUUCUCUUUGUUAUGCGCUUUUUACGUCAAGCACAGAAUCGAGGAUCAUAUGAGUUAACACAAUUGAAUCCAGCUGCUGUCUAGAGACCGCAUGAUUCUGAGCUACGGGGAGAUGAAAAUGAACCACCAGGGCAUCUUUUAACUUGAAGGAACUGUGUCCAGCAGGGUGGAGGUCUUGAAUGGCUCAAUUGAGAUUGCUUUAGUGGCUUCUGGUGAUGAGCCUUGUUUCUUGAGUCCAAGUUUUGGACAAUCGGGGAACUUAAGAGACUUUAACAAACAAGAGUUUAACAUGUUAAAGGCUUUGUGAGCUGUUCUUGCUGUAUUUGUAUAAUUUUGUGUACCAUUUCAAGAGUCACAUUUUUGCUGCUGUAAUUACAAAUGUCUGCACUAGAAAAUGAAAGCUUUUUAUCAAUCAGUGUAUAGUAAGGUGUAUACUGUCUGGGAUAGCGUUGGAGGAUAGAUGGCAAAUACUGUAAUCAGUUAUUCACAAGCAGUAACAGAGUUUGAUGUUAAGUAUGGGACUGAUCAUUUUGAAUUGCAGCCCUAUUUGUGCUGUUUUGGUGUAUUAUAUAUGCAUUAGAAAACAUGGAAUGGUGUGUUUAGGGGAAUAUACACCCUAAAAUGUGCAAAUCUGGUCUCUUUGAAUCAUAUUUUCAUUUUUGUUUCUCAUUUCAUAUCUAAUUUCAGUACUGAAGACUGAUAAACUUCUAAUGCAUUAUUUUACUGUUAAAAACUGAAAGCACAGAUAAAUUAACAAAGAGAAACUCUCAUAUGGUACCAGAAUUUAAAUUUAUCCUUUUAGAAAACUGAUAUUUAAACUAGCAUUAGAAAACAGAUUGUCCUGUUUUCAAGAAAACAUUAAGCAACAGUUUAGUUUAUUUUUGUUUAUAUAUAAGAGGAAAGGAGAGGAAACUGUUCAUGUUUAAACAUUAUUUUACAUAUGGGAAAAAUGCACAGUGCAUUAAUCAAAUGUUUUCAUCAGCAUAGAAAAACAAAAACCUUUGUCAUAGUUGUAUAAAAUGAUAAAAUCUGCUGGACAGACUUAAUUAGUAAUGUAAAACAUGAAGGAACUAGGAAAAGUAAAAAGUUGCAUGAUUUUUUUUAUUAUUUUGAUUAUUGUCAAUAGUGUUGAUAUUAUGUUCAUUGUAUUAAAUGCUGUAGAAAAUCUGUAUUUUUUGCACUUUGUAAUAUUUUUUGUUUUUUAAUAAAUAUUUAUUUUAAACGG